CUCAGAGCCGUUGGAGCCAUAGAAAAAGGUGCUGUAGAUAGUUUAUCCCAAGAAAGCGUCAUCACUCCGUCAUCCGAUUCAGUUCUCAGUCUGGGGUUGUUUGAAGUGAUGCUCUCAAUUGCACUACUGUCACUCAGAACAUGUCCGCUCAAUGUGUCAACUGCCAUUAAACAACGUUUUGCUCAGACGCAAGAAAACGUGGAGGCUCUAUACCAGCUUUUCAGUGAAGCGCUAAAGUUCAAAAUUUACUGCGAGCGCAAUAUGGCGUCGAUUAUUUCUGUCGCACAGCAAUGCUUGUGGUCUUCAAAGCCAGAUGCACGGAAAUUUGGUGCAAAACUAUUUAAGGAACUUUUUCAAGCAUCACCGAAACGAAGAGAGGAAUAUUUCUUCGUUCUCGAGCGCAUGUCGAUUGACAAUGUUAAAAGGCUUUUCCGCGCAGUUUUCCGCCUAUAUGCUGCCAGGCCAUCGACUAAGUCGCAUAAGGACAAUCUAAUAACAAUGAUUCCGCUCUUACUCCGUUCAGCUGACAAUGUUCAACCAGUUUUUGGUAUACUGGCUGUACUGCUAAAGAUGGAAACUGCUCUAAAGCUGGAAGACUCUCCAACAAGAGAGGAAGAUGUGCGAAAUACGUUGGAACUUCUUGAUGAAGCGCGUAAUUCGAAUCAGUUUGUGCGAACUUACUGCUAUGCCGAACUAGCUGAAGUGUUGCGAGCUUGUUUUGGAUGUUCGAAAUGCAUAGCUAUGGUAAUAAAAUGA